ACCGCCUCUCUCCGGCGCAGGCAAGCAGGGGUUGGCAAUGCAACAUUUUAUCUAAUAUCUUUCCGCGUGUGUGUCUGUGUCUGCUUGGGCAGCGUGAAUGCUCCUCGUCGUUACCUUGCAGCCGCUUCUCUCUCUGAACCCAGUGUGUGUUGAGCCAGGGAAAGCUUCUUUACUGGAGCCCAAGCCCUUUUCCUCCAAAGCACGACAUCUGAUUGAGGUUUGGGGGGGGGAUGGGGAGGAUGUCCUGAAGGUCCAGGUACACAAAUGAUUUUCUGGCAUGUGUUUGAGUCUUCCUCAGUAUAGACUAUCUUCGUCAAAUUCGGUUUGCUACCUCCAGAUUGAAAUUCCAAGUAUGAUACAAGUAACUCUACAAAAACUCUGACGUGGAAACCAGUUGCUUGGGAGCAGCAGCUUGAAAGACUGAUAAUCUGGUAAAGGAGCAGCUCUUAAAAGGUUUGUACUGUUCAGCAAAUCUGGUCCAGCAAGAUGGAUUGUAAACCGCUUAUUUAUUUUGGACGCCAACUGGUUCGCCGUAAAUAUGUGGAUUGCACUAAUGAAGAAACCCGACUUGCUAGAUGUUUGACCACAGUGGACUUGGUUGCCCUUGGUGUUGGCAGUACCCUUGGAGCAGGUGUCUAUGUGCUGGCUGGAGCCGUAGCCAGGGAGAAUGCUGGCCCUGCCAUCGUUAUCUCGUUCUUGAUUGCUGCUUUGGCGUCUGUGCUUGCGGGCCUCUGUUAUGCAGAGUUUGGCGCUAGAGUCCCUAGGACGGGUUCUGCUUAUCUCUACAGCUAUGUUACAGUUGGGGAGCUAUGGGCCUUCAUCACUGGCUGGAAUCUAAUCCUUUCUUAUGUAAUUGGAACUUCAAGUGUUGCGCGAGCAUGGAGUGCUACAUUUGAUGAACUCAUCGGUAAACACAUCGAAGUGUUCUGUCGUCAGUAUAUGGCAAUGAAUGCUCCUGGUGUAUUGGCAGAGUAUCCAGAUAUCUUUGCCGUAUUUAUAAUCUUACUGCUAACAGGGUUAUUAUCUUUCGGCGUGAAGGAGUCAGCAAUGGUUAACAAAGUCUUCACUUGCAUCAAUGUCCUCGUGCUGUGUUUUGUCAUGGUCUCUGGCUUUGUGAAAGGGUCACUCAAGAACUGGCAGCUGACUGAGGAUGUCUCGAUUAAUGGGACAAAUGGCACUACCUCAGAGAAUUACACUGAAGAAUACAGUAGCUGGAAUUAUGGCUCUGGGGGAUUCAUGCCCUAUGGUUUCACAGGAGUGCUUUCAGGUGCAGCCACGUGCUUCUACGCCUUUGUAGGAUUUGACUGUAUUGCCACCACAGGAGAGGAAGUGAAAAAUCCCCAGCGUGCUAUUCCAAUCGGAAUUGUUGCUUCCCUGUUGAUCUGUUUUGUUGCCUAUUUUGGAGUGUCUGCUGCCCUUACGUUGAUGAUGCCAUAUUAUUUACUGGACAAGAACAGCCCAUUGCCAGUUGCCUUCAAGUAUGUUGGAUGGGACGGGGCAAAAUAUGCUGUGGCAGUUGGAUCGCUCUGUGCUCUGUCCACCAGUCUUCUUGGUUCCAUAUUUCCAAUGCCAAGAGUAAUUUAUGCAAUGGCAGAGGAUGGACUGCUGUUCAGAGUGUUGGCCAGAAUCAACGAAAAGACUAAAACACCCCUUAUUGCUACAGUAGUCUCCGGGGUUGUAGCAGCUAUCAUGGCCUUCUUGUUUGACCUCAAGGACCUUGUGGAUCUAAUGUCAAUUGGAACCCUUCUUGCCUACUCACUGGUGGCUGCUUGUGUUUUGGUGCUCAGAUACCAGCCUGACCUGUUUUCUAAUGCAACAUAUCAAAUGGCAAACACAUCUGAUGAUGUAGAUAUGACUGAAUCAGUCAGCACUAGUGACUCCCAAGCAGAAGUUUUACCAGAGUGUGAAGAAGAAUUUUCAUUGAACACCAUGUUAUUCCCUGAAAAUAGUCUCCCUUCCAAACAAUCGGGAUUUAUAGUUAAUACAUGUGUGUGUUUUAUUGGAGUUUUUAUCCUAAUCUUUUGUCUGCUGGCUGUCCAUGCAAAAGAUCCUUUGUUGGAGGGGAGAGCGUGGUGCAUAUGCUUACUUAUUCUAUUGGUCCUUUUGUGUGCAACUUUCACCGCUAUAAUCUGGAGGCAGCCAGAAAGUAAAACAAAACUGUCAUUUAAGGUACCUCUCUUGCCCUGUUUACCUAUCGUUAGCAUCCUUGUGAAUAUGUACCUAAUGAUGCAGCUCGAUAGAGGUACUUGGAUCCGCUUUGCUAUCUGGAUGGCGAUAGGAUGCAUUAUUUACUUUGCUUAUGGAAUGCGGAACAGCUCGGAGUCUAAUUCUUCCAGUUUUCCAGCUGACAGAACUGUAAGGGUUUUUAAGGACACGGUAGGUACGUCAAAUGGUGAAGCAGUAACUCCAGAGAAGGAAGCUUUCCUGCAGAAUACAACGGAAUGUGUUGCAGAAAGCAGGAAUGGAGAGGAUGAUGUUUAAACCAAUAGAGGUUCAGCUUCUUCCAAACACGCACCCAGUAUGUAUCUUGGACACUUGAUAAAGGAGCACAGCUGAACGAAUGCUGCUUGCAUUACAUGGAGUAAGUCGUCUUUUCCCACACACACACACUGGUGAGGGUUUUAAUUAAGUUGUUUUGCUGAGCAUUUGUGUGCUUGAAGGCCAACGCUGCUACUAUGUGAUUUCAUUUUCUUGUAUUUUUGCACCCUCCUAAACAAUGGCAGCAUUGAUUACGCCCACAUACAAAUAAUAGCUGGUUCAAAUAAAAUGUUUAGAAUGGAUUCCAGGAUAGUCAGAUUUGAGGUAUUUAUUGGGUUUUAACUAUGAGAAUUGCAGAAAUGCUAAACUUUCAGCUUGUGAUCGUCUACACAGAAAAUGUAGGUGGAUAUAUAUUUUUUCAAAAUAUUUUCCUGGUCAAGUGAGCACUUGUAAAAUAAUUUUGUUAGCUAGUACAAUACUAUCUAUUUUUAUUUGGGCAUUAGAAUCUCCGUACCUUUCAUUGCCUUCCUUUAGCUGCAGUUCUAACAGUGCAGGACACUGAGCGUCUGGAAGUGAACAUUUUAACUUCAUACCAAUUGGCUUCAAUUGCAGAUUAUUUCUUUUAACUAUUUUAAGAGUCAAUUUCUUUACAAUCUUUAAAUUUUAUUAUCAAAGCAAGAAAGGAAUCUAUCAAACACAUUCAGUAAUUAAAAAUAAUUCAGAUAGUUAUUUUGCUGAUUAAGCAGCUUUUGCUAAGCACUCUGAUUUAAUUUAUCACCUCAAUGGUUGGUCUGAUUUCUGUAGUCCAUAUUCACCUUCUGUUUCAGAUGGGGAAUUUCACACCUGAUUGCCUUUAAAUAUACUUCCGCAGGAGCAAAAUUUAUAUUGUUACGUUGAUCUCAUCAAUGUUCUUUUACAAUGUGUAAUUGUACCAAUUACUUGUGGUCGUAAAUCUUAAUAGCUUUAGAAAGGAAACAAUGUUUUGCCUUUGGUUAAAAGUGGAGAAGGAAUCCAAGCCUUGAAUCUUCCACAAACAAGUACAUGUUUCCCCUCCAUAGGACAGCAAACCUGUCAAAUAGAUUUUAGCAAAAGCUGUUAAUGCUGACAUUGCCAGCACCUUUAAAAACAGCUGGAUGAAUAUCGGAUCCAGCUAUGAAUGGCCGGUUAUUUAUUAUCUCAAAUUAGGUGAGAUUCUGGAGUUUUUGUUUGAUUUGCAUUUGGAAAGUAGUAAAAGCCUGGAAGAGUUUUUCAUAUGAGUUAAUGUGAAUUGGGUAGAGGCCAAGAUAUGGCUAUUGAUUCUACACAAAGCACAGGCUUUAUGUUGAGUGGCCUUGUUCCAUGCUUUCUUAAGCACUAAGCACCCCAAGGCUGACCAUGGAUCAGCUGGAACAGCUUAGAUACAGAGAAUGAGGAAUGGAAUUGUACAUACUGCUGAUAUGGCGAUCAAAUAUCUCAGACAGCAGAGGCAUACUUCCCUUGUCAAGAUAGCUGUGUGGUGGAUUUGCACUGUUUAAAAAAACAUAUUUGUGCAAGGAACUACAUUAACAAUAUUUAAUCAACCAUCCAUGAUAUCAGAAAUGCCAGCUAAACUUUUAAUUACUGUUAGCAAUACAGUGAGAAAACCUAGGCCACUGUGUUUUACUGAAAUAAUAGAUAUUCUAGGAGGUGAUUUUCAUCUGUAAUGAGAGCAGUAUAGAGUUCCAAUAAUGAGAAGAACACAUGCCCCUCUUAAAAAUAUAUUUCUUCACAACAUGUUAUUGUGGCAGGACCUCAGUCAGUUACUGGACUGGAAUGCAUAUUGAUAUUAAUUUGCUCAGUUGAGAUAUUUGGACUCUGGAAGGAACCAGCAAUGAAUGUACUGAGUAACAGUUUACACUAUAUGCUAAUAUCAACUUGAGUUGCAGCAAUCUUUGUUAAGACUUUAGCAGAACAAGUAGUGUAAUUUUAUCAACACCUGUGCAGCGGAAACAGCAAAAUUUGGUAUGAAACUUUUUAAAUUAAUACCCUAAAAAUUUAUAGUAUUAAUAACCACAUCAUUUAGUCUUUUGCAAAAGUCUCACAAAGACCAUAGAGAUCAUUCUGCACGGUCAAUUGAUUUUGAGAAGUCAAGCUACAUGCUGAGUUAGAAAGAGGGAGUUUUUGGUAGCAAAAUCCUGAGAUUUUGUAUGCUACAUGCCUCUGGGAAUUGCAAGAAGAACAAUUUUCUUUGUAUUGGGACGAACAUUGUGAAUAUUAUAAAAUAUAUAUUACUCAUAAAUCACGUAAAGCAAUAGUACACUUGAACUACACCUGGUAUCAUGUCUGCAGCUAUGGUUGAUGCAUCUUAUUGUUGAGCAAUGGCAACUAUUACAGACAAUUAAAGCCAUCCCAUAGUAUGGGAGUCACGCUUGAGGAUAGCAGGUUCCCUUCUCUGAAAGACGUUAUAACCAUUUUCAUGCUGCUUAUAUCUGUUGGUGGACUGUAAAUGACACAAUUUAUUGAUUUCAACUUUCCACUUGUGGGAUUUGAACACAUGACCUCUGGGCUUGCUGGCUGCAAGUAUAAUGACCACUAAGCUUCAGUUCCUACACGUGGUGGUGGUGGUGGGGGUGGGGGUGUCUUACAAGGGGAUGAUUGUGAGCAUGAUGAAAGAGAAGAAUUUAUAGCUACACAUGUGCAUUUUUCCCAGUCCCAUGGCCUCAACAAUUGUGAAAGUAAAGUUUGACACGAGCUCAAUCCUACAGAAUAGAAUUGCUAAAUCUUUGACAAUUUUCCUUUAUUGUAAAAUGACUAAGGAACAAACUGAACUUUAUUAAGUCAUUGAUUAUUUACUGUUGCCAAAUAGACAAUGACAUAAUCUUGAUUUUAGGUAGAUUAUGUGAAUUGCAUUUAAGUAGCAUUUCAAUGUAGAAAACACUCCCACAGCAUUUCACAGGAGAUAUUAUGAGGAUGGUCAAAGCCUUGUCAAAGAGGUGAUUUUUAAGGGUCCUGAAGGUGGUAAAGAGGCUGAAGGGUUUAAAGAGGUAAUUCCAGAGAAUGGGGUCCAGGUGGCUGAAAGUUGGGCAAAGAAUGGGGAGGAUGUACAAAACUUGAGCCAGUUUGGGUGGGAUUGUUUGUAGGGCUGGAGAAGGAUUACAGAGAAUGGGGACUGUGUGAGAUCAUUUUAUAAAAAAAAUUUCAACAGCACUUUUUUUUUUAUAAAUAGGGGUAUAUAUAGCACUUCAAUUAUGGGCUGAAUUUUACACUAGGAGCAGACGACCCUGCCUACUGACUUGGCCAUCAGUUGGCUUGAGGCAGGACUUCCAGCCCCAUCUGAAUCGAAGUCCCACGGCUGAGAGCUGCAGGCUAGAAGGCUGGAAACCCAAGAAGGGGAUAUGCAGCGAUGGAAGAAACUUAGUUAAGUCUGGGAUCUCACUGUGGCCAGGCUGGCAGGCCCCAGUGCGGGGUUGGGGGCUAGGUACAUUAAGGUGGGAGCUGAGAAUUUUCUUGUGGGGGGGGCCUCUGAUUGGUGCACAGGGCCCAAAAAGGAGGCAACACCCCUCCCCCUUGCCUGGCCACCAGUCUGCUAGGUUUCACCUGGCCUCCCUCGCCACUGAUAAAAUCCAGCCUAUGAAUUUAAACAAGGCAGUGGUGAGGCCAUAGUUACAGCAAUGUACAGUUUGUGCACCAUAUUAUAGAACAUUAAAGCUGUAAAAACAAUAUAGUGUGGAUUCACUCGGAUUACACGUGAUGGGAAAUUAUAAUUGAAAGAACUGAGAAGCCAGGACUGUUUCCACUAGAACAGAGAAGGUUAGGACGAAAGUUAUUAGAGGUUUUAAAAGCACAAAGGGUUGUGAUAGUGAAUAUGACCAUUUCCCCUGGAUAAGUCAACAACAUGAGGUUUAUCACUUUAAAAUUGUGGUGGUCUGAGCGGUUGAGAAAUUUAUUUAUUCAGAGGGUUAUUGGAGCAUGCAGUGCUUUGCUAGUAGGGAGUACUCGGUGUAGACAUUGCACAUUCUAAUGGAUAACUGGAUACACAUUUGAAGCAAAAGAAGACACUGCUAUCUGGGGAGAGCAGGUCAGUGGUAAUAGUUUUGGAUUGCUGUAGCAAAAAGCUGGCAAAGAUACACUCUGCAAAUCUGGAAAAUUACCUGUUUACCCCUAGCUACCUUUCUCAUCAUACUUCAGUGAUUCAUUAAAUGAACUGUUGUGAUGGUUCAUUGGUGUAUUUUAUAUUGCUGUUGUAUAAUCAGGAAGCAUAAUAUUUGCUAUUCAUAUCUUCAGCCAAGAUAUGUUUUGAAAUACUUAUUAAAAAUUAAAACCUAAAGCUGUAUGUGACUGCAUAAAUGGUGCCACACACCAGUGUUUGAUGCAAUGCAGCCAUCAGAUUCAGCUUUAGACUGCGAUUUUCUCUAAGCACUUUGACAAGUAAUAGCUAGAGCAAAUCAAGCAGGGACAUGUUUGCUCAGUUACUCUUGCAAACCUUUGGUUUCUGGUCAUGAAAUGGUGAAUGGCAUCAGAGGGUCAUAAAAGUAGUGAGCGAAUCCCUUGUAAGAGGAAAAUACACUCCAUAUGAAUGUUCCACAGGUCAGCUUUUAGUUUUGAGCUGAAUUUCUUGUGUCAACUAAUAAGCAUUGUAACAAAGAUGAUUUGGAUGUAUGAUUAAUUCUUGAAAGAUAAAUAAAUAUAGAGGAUACCCAUGGCUAUCAGGUGGAUCUUGAUAACCAGAUAAAUGCAUAUUAUUGGAAAGAUGGCACAUCUAUCCUAAAAAUAUAAAAUGUGGGAUUGCAUGCGUGAAGAAGGUGGGUUAAGAGGGUCAACUUCAUGAUUGGUUGCUGCUGGCUGGGGAGUCUUGCUGGCUGGGGUCAGCCUAUCGGAAAAUCAAGGGAAGCAGCACUGGGAUCUUCAAUCUAUUUCCAGCAGGCAUGACACUCUGUCAGUAGUGCACGUGCACAAAGUUGACCCUAGCAUUUCUAUUUUGGCUUAAAUAUAAAGUUGAUGGUAGAUGUGAGUUCUACAUAAUUUAUGCAAUGAGAAUGCUGACAGCUAGCAGCACAUGUAUAAUAAUUAAUUUGAUUACUGCAUUUAUAAUUUGUGGAAAUUUUAAUGUAGAUGCUUGUUUUUGUUUUGGGCAGUGGUACAGACACACUGAUCCCUGUGGGAUAUGGUAGUUUACAGAAUAGGACUGCUAAGGAAGCAAUCAUAGAAUGUCAAAAGUGAAAUAGAGUUACACUUCAAGGUCAAUUCACAGCAAUCCUGUAUUUUCAGCGGGUCCUGCCCUCAAAGGGAGAUAUGGCUACAACUUUAACACCGAUUCUCUGACAUGGGACCCCCUUAGGCUUAGAGCUUGGCCUCCAUUGGGAGCACAGGAUCAUUGAAAUUACCCUUCAUUGUUCACUUGGAAAACGAUGGUACUCUUCUUAUAACAGACCCUGGUUAGAAUUUCUUAUUCUAAAAUGAGAAAACACAUAUAGAAACACAGCAAAUCAGUGUAAUGCAUUGGAUAAAAUGAAUUUGGUGUUUAUGUGCAGUUCUGUCAUUUUCGAGGAGCAAAUUUAGAUAUGGGUUUUCAGAAUUACAAUCUUUAAUCAAUAAUGGUAUAGUUAUAAAACACCAUUAUUGCAAAUUGCCUGCUUUCAUCAUCCCAUUAGAAGUGGUGCUGGAUCAGGAGAACUUGAGCCACAAUAAAAUAACCUGAACCGCGCCUAUCUGUUACUUUUGUUUUAUUUGGUUUUCCAAUUUGCCACAUUGAUAAAUAUUGCAGUAAUGGAAUAAUCAGUGGCAGCAAGUUUUCACACGUGUUCCUGUCAGGAUUCCAGGAAUUGCCACAGGAAGUGAAUUAAAUGGGGGAAAAUGAUUGUUGAUGAAUCACUAGUGAGGGGGGAGAAAAGGAAAACCGAUGAUCUAAAAAUGUUAUUUAACAAUACACCCUAAUUUUUAUUUGAGUAGCUGUAGGUGGAGUGCUUUGCUUGGUGCUUAAUUCUACAUUUGGAGUAGAAUAUUUAGAAGAUGUGCAAUUGGCUACUGCUGUGCUAUGCCUUCAGCCUUAAAAAGUAUUUGAGUAGCACAAAAUAUAACACGGUCAAACUUUUAUGGCUAUUUAUUCAGAAGCUAUUAAAACUAGAGAGACACCUCCCCAGAUAUAACCUAAGGAGCCUUGGACUCAGAUUUGCUUGUAUGAACAUAAUUGGAGCAGGUAAGAAAGUGGCUGUUGUUUUUCAGUGAGGACAUGGCUUAUUUCUUGAGAUGAGUCAUGGUGGCUUUUUAAUACAUGUAAGGUAUAUAAAGUAGCACAUUUUGCCUGGUUCUCAGAGGCAGUGCUUCUUGGAAAAUCGCGGGCAUUGUCAUUAUCCAUCAUUAAAAAAUGAAUGGGGAGAAAUUAUAGAAUUUGUGGACCUGUGAUUUCCCAAGAUACAAUCUCUAGAGCCUAGUUUCUCCCCUAAAAUGGUUCAAUUAAAACAAUAAUUACUUGGAAGAUGAAAACAGGACCUUUGUCUAUCGAAAAGACUGCAAGGAGCCAAUUUACCUGUUUCGGACUCUGUUUAUUUCCCAAAUGUAGAAGUGAUAAAGGGGUCAGGAUCUGUAUGGGGUUUCAGUCCCCUUCUCAUUCCUGGGGUGCCGUGGAUUAUUUCUGGAGGAGGGUGGAAGCGUGUUAGUAAUCCCAUGUGAAUGAGGUGGGAGUGAGAUCAUGACCCAUCCUGCUUCAUUUACCUGGGCAUCCACUUCGCAAAGGUACAAACAUAGUAGAUCCACUGACAGUGGGCCUUGUUUCUUAAAUCUAUUCCGCGCAAACCUGAAUUAACAGCUUACCCUCCUUCCUCAUUUCAAAGCGUAAGCCGUUUCUAAAUGGCUUACCUCCAUUGGUGUUGCAUUAGGUCCAUUAAAAUGAUGUGGUAAAGGUAGCUUUCUGGGAUUAGAAGUUUAUUUUUUGAUGCACGCUUGAGCAGGAUUGGGGCUAAACUCUGGCGGGGCUUGACGGGUUAGACACUAAGAGGAUGUUUCCUGUCGUGAGGGAAUCAAGAACUAGGGAACACGGUUUCAAAGUGAGGGGUCUCCCAUUUAAGAUGGAGAUGAGGAGGAAUUUCUUCUGAGGGCCAUUGGUCUUUGGUAUUCUCUUCCCAUUGAGCAGUGGAGGCUGGGUCAUUGUCUAACAGCCUUGUAUAUAUUCAGAUUUUUGAUUGACAAGGGAGUUGAGGGUUAUGGGGGUGGCAGGAAAGUGGAGUUAAGGCCACAGUCAGAUCAGCCAUGAUCUUACUGAAUGGUGGAGCAGGACUAAAGGGUCAAAUGGCUUAGUCCUGCUCCUGUUUCUUAUGUUAUGUUUUAGGUUAACUGCAGCAUACUUUGGCUGACUUGGAGCCAGAGUGGGGUAGAACUAAAAUCAUAUUAUUUACAAAAGCCUUGGCUGUCUCAGGCAAUGCUCUCCUGUGCUAUAUGCAUAAGAGGUACAAGAUAAUUACAUAGAUGGCACAUCAGAAAAUACCUUGCUAGCAAUCUAACUUGGCUGUUGCAACAUAGUAAUACAGUAGCUAUUCAUUGACCAUAAAGGUUUGACCAGAUGUAUUUUUAAGAUGUCAUUUCUUUUAAAAUGACUUGUGAAUAAUUUCAGCACCAAGUAUAGCUGUAUCAGGCUGUUUACCUGAAAUCACUGUGCAUACAUGUUUGUUGGAGUAUUAGUGAUGGAUGUUGAAGAAACAUUGGUGUAUAAUAAUUUUGGGACGAUACAUAAUUCACAUAACCUAACAUAAUAUACUAAUACUUUGCUGUUUCAACAAAAAGGAAAUGUGAGUUAAGUUUACAGGAUGUUGCAGUAUAAUAAAUGUCAAUGACUAAAUUGUCACAUAUAUUUUGACAGGAUGGCAGUAAGAGUUUUCAACAUUUGUUUAUUUGCCAUGUUUCAUCUACAUGUAAGCUUGGCAUUUGCCAAGAGCCAAAGAAGGUCUUUAUUUUUCAAAAAAGCUUGCCACAUACCAAGAUGAAAUAAACACGAACAAUUGUAUUUUCAAAUUACAUUGAAUGUUUAGUGAUGUCAUGUAAAUAGCCUAGUGUUGUCAGUACAAAAAGAAAUGGGAUGGUCUACUGUACAUAGUUAUGUGGUUAAGAAUUUGUAUUUAUGUAAAAAUAAGUUAAUCUGAAGUAUACAUUUGUGGUUUUGUUUUUCCUUACAGUAAGUUAUUGGCGCGAGCAGUUUGCUUUUGGGGUUAAAAAAGCAUUAAUUUUUGAUUGCAUGAUUUUAUUUGAAAUUAUUUUGGUCAAUGUUUUAUCAUUUAUGAAACAUGUAUCCUACUAUUUCUUAUCUGUAACAAAUGGAUUGUUUUGGUACCUUUACCUGCUGUUGCUGACUUACAUACUGUAAAUAAUAAAGAGCUUUUUUAAUGGCA